CAAGCUUGAAAAAUCCAAAGUAUACAUACAUGUGUACAAAUGUGUAUCUAUAAAGCAUAAGAAAUCAGUAAUCAAUGUUGAUGUUCACCUCUCACCAUCCACACCACCUUUCCUUCAUUCCAACUCCACUCAAACCUCUCUCUCAUUUGUAAUUGUACCCAGUUCUCCAAUCCCUCACUCCUCUCUAUAAUCUACUAAUCUACCAACCCAUCUCAAAAAUAAAAAACAACCCAUAUAAAAAAAAUUCAAUUUUUGGAAAAUAUGACUGAAAUACUCCAAUCGCCAUCUCAUUUGCCUUCUUCUCCAAGCUCCUCCAUACUUCACAAUGAUGGGUUACACCAACAAGCCCAUCUCAACCAUCACCCCCUUUUUAACAGCCCCACCUCGUACUCUCUACCCGUAUACAGGGGAGGAGAUACAGAGGAGGUGGAAGAAGGAGGAGCAACUAGAGAGAGAAGAAAGAGGAGGAGAGAGAAAGAGGAGGGUGGAGAUCAGCUGUCCUUGUUGGCCGUUGUGGUGACUGUGUUUAGGAAGUCGUUGAUUGCUUGCAGGAGUGAGAAUUUUGGAGGCUUUUCUUCUUCUUCUUCUUCAAUGGAGAUUGGGCAGCCUACAAAUGUCAGGCAUGUAGCCCAUGUUACCUUUGAUCGAUUCAAUGGGUUUCUUGGUCUUCCUGUUGAGUUUGAACCUGAAGUUCCCAGAAGGCCUCCCAGUGCUAGUACAAGUGUUUUUGGAGUUUCAACGGAGUCGAUGCAGCUUUCAUUCGACUCCAGAGGGAACAGCGUGCCGACAAUACUUCUGAUGAUGCAGAGACGCUUGUAUGAACAAGGUGGCCUACAGGCAGAAGGAAUAUUUAGAAUAAAUGCUGAUAACAGCCAAGAAGAGUAUGUUCGGGAACAAUUGAAUAGUGGGGUGGUGCCAAAUGACAUUGAUGUGCACUGCUUAGCAGGCCUUAUAAAGGCUUGGUUUCGAGAACUACCAAAUGGGAUUUUGGAUUCCCUGCCUCCGGAGGAGAUAAUGCAAGCCCAGUCAGAAUCGGAGUGUGCUCGGCUUGCGAGGUGCCUUCCACCAACAGAAGCUGCUCUUCUGGAUUGGGCAAUAAACCUAAUGGCUGAUGUUGCUCAGCUUGAAAAUUUUAACAAAAUGAAUGCUCGUAACAUUGCUAUGGUGUUUGCGCCAAACAUGACCCAGAUGGCAGAUCCUUUGACAGCGUUGAUGUAUGCAGUUCAAGUAAUGAAUUUUCUCAAGACUCUUACUGUCAAGACAAUGCGAGAAAGAGCAGACUCUGUAGUCGAACAGCCUCAUACAUCCCAAACAGAUCCUUCUGAUGAAAAUGGACACCACAGCUAUCCGCAGUCAUUGUUUAACGAAGUUGAUGACGAGAAUGAAGAGGUGCAAGUCUUUUUCACCAAAGAACCCUCAUCAGAAAGCUCUGCUCACCGUCUUGAUGGUGACUCAAAAACUGAAAAUGAAACUUAUGGUGGAAAGGGUCAUUCGGUUGAUAACUGCCCUCGGGAGUUUGCAAAUGACACCCUGACAGAGGGUGGUUCUAGCAGUCCAAAUGGAGGGGCUCAACUGAACACUCGCAAGAAGAAAACCGGCCAAUCUAGUAAUACGAAUAUCAAGAGAGGAUCCAAAAACGUAAAUGAAAGGGUCGUGGUUCACGUAGCAAUGCCAAUGGAGAAGAGCAGGGGAACCGCCAUUGCUAGCCGUUUAAACUCAAGAAGAGAUAGGGUUGAAGCAUGGCGGUGAAGGGUGUUUUUCUUUUUUAAAUGGGAAUUGGGAUGGAGUACUUACUGACUGGUGGAGAAGUCAGAUUUGUUUUUCAAUUGGGGAUAUUGUGUACGGUUCAUUUGUGUUUAUGUAUGUUUCUGGGUGGUCGAGUUUGUUAACUUGUUUGGUUUGAUGUUUAACCACUUUUUUAGUUCAUAUUUCACUGACAAUGUCCUGUUUUUCAAUAUUAACAGCUCCUUACCUGUUUGUAUAAUUUCUCCAU